CCUCUCUAUGCCCCUACAACAACCGCGACCGCGAACUCCUCCAUCCGCGCUGAAUUGCAGCUUUGAGACCGACCUCGAAAUCAAGCAAUAUGUUUACCUCGACCGCUCUGAAGUGUGUUCUCUGUUAAAUUGAGCGUAACGCCACAACGCUAGGCCUGGUCAGCGUCUCUGCCGCCUGCCAACAUGGACGGAUUAUUCACUUUGCUCAGUCUGAGCAUUGUCAUGGCUGUGGCCUCUUUCCUUGCAGGCAUCCUGCCACUGUCUUUGACCCUCUCGCAGCCACAGUUACGGUUCAUUUCAACGAUCGGCAUGGGAGUCCUAGUUGGUACGUCUCUGGUUGUCAUCAUCCCUGAAGGGGUGGAGACUCUCUAUAGCGCCUCUGAAGUCGGACAUGCGCAUUCGCAGCUCAAAAGGCAUGUCUCUGCGCGUGAGAUAGGCAUUCAAUGGAGUCAGUCUUUUGCAGCUCAACCACUUCACGAGAUCCGAGUAAGGGACCCUGCCGAUUUGAGCCCUUUCGAUGUUCCGGGGCCUGUCAUACCGUCUGAUCUUGAGGCGCCACCGCGCACUCCUACAAAGCCUGGUGUGGUCGGUGUAAUGGAUGUUGAAGGGAAAGGCGAUAAGCAGGCCGAAACAGAGCAUGACAGUCAAGAGGAGGAUGAAGACGAGGUCCACAAAGAAUCUCACCAUGCGUGGAUCGGAGUUGCCUUGUUGGCAGGAUUCAUGCUCAUGUACUUGAUUGACAAAGUGCCGCAGUAUAGUCAGCCGACAAAACAAAAGGCGAGGACACAUCAUAUUGCCUUGAACAACUUGGGCCGCAGAUUCAACUUCACUACAUCUUUGGACCGCGACGAGGAAGCAGACUCGUUCAUCGACUCGACGGAAGGGGGCAACGUCCACCAACGGAGUUUCGCAACCACCAUAGGUCUGGUUAUUCAUGCGGCGGCUGAUGGGAUAGCACUGGGAGCGUCUUCGACUGCAACAACGUCUGGACUGAGCUUUGUGAUAUUCUUCGCUAUCAUGAUUCACAAAGCACCCGCAGCGUUUGGGCUGACGUCUGUGCUUGUCAAGCAAGGGCUCUCUAAAAGGGCAGCUAGAGGGCAUCUGAUCCUCUUCAGCCUGGCUGCGCCUACAGGGGCGAUCUUUACGUGGUUGCUUGCUCACCUGCUUGGUGGUGGUCGGAAUCAAAGUGCACAGAGUACCAGGUGGUGGACGGGAAUGCUGCUGCUGUUCUCUGCAGGGACUUUCCUCUACGUGGCUAUGCAUGCGAUGCAAGAGAGCUCUGGCUCGCCCCACGAAGGAAUGAAUGGGCAUGCCAACGGUUAUAUCGACGGGCGCGAAAGCACGCAGAGUGAACCCAAGCCGUCUUGGAAGGAUCUAGGAGCGGCUUGCUUUGGAAUGAUUCUGCCAUUGUUUUUACAGGUUGGGCAUGCUCAUUGACGUGGCGAGCAUUUCUCUGGGUAUGUGACCAGCAUCCUUGGUAUGGCUUGAGGUCAACUUCAAGAGCACGGGUGGGUGACCAGGGCGCAGACGGGUUGAAGGCCACAAACGCCUCGUCUCCAGAUGGAAACGAUAUCAUCAAUCCAUUGGGCUCAUCGGUCGUGUCACCGGAAAGCAACUCCUUUGAGUUCCUCCACUGAACCAAGGCCAUGAGACGAAAGACGCCCGUCUUGAACCUCAGACCUUUGCGACGCUCGGCCUCGGAGCCAAGCUGGUCCUAGGAUUUCGAGUGUGUCUGUUAAAACACGGUCGGUCUUUGAGGUGCAACCACCGGAAGCGGUUGUCUACGCCACAGGAGUCAGAUAUUUGACUUUCAUAGUGUGUGUUAAUACUUGUCAGCGUGUCAUAUCUGUUUGUUGUGUUCUCGUCGGGCAUCAUUCUUGGUAUCGAAAAAAGCGGGCCGGGAAUUGUCAAGUCGACGACCGUGUGUUCAAUAUUGGAGAAGGUGCCGUUCACCCUCAACCUGUACAAUGCCUGUAUGAAGGAG